AUGUCGUACGCCGAACACGGACCGAGAAUUUUUUUGGCUGGUAGCGGUAAGCGGAAGAACUUUAGAGGCGAUCAGACACUUACGUACGGCGAUUAUGUUCUGCCGAGAAAGAGAUCUGAAGGACGUUUAAAGGCUUACGAAUCGUGCACCGAUAUCAGGGCCUGGAGCCAAAAUUCACUCGACAAUACACGAUACAUUCGCGAGCUCGCCGAGCAUGCAAAAACGGUGAGCAGGGGAUUUCCACGUCAUGAUUUGAAGCACAAGCCGGGAAAAAUCGUGCCGUUGAACGUUGUUAUCGAUAAUGUUAUCGGACUUGGAGCACAGACCCAAAAUGAGCUGAGCGCCUGCAGAAGGGAAUUGCAGAGGUAUAAAAGCCUCACGUUGACGCCUGAGCAGCAACACCAACUUCAAUCAGCCGUUCUCGCCUCCCCGAGAUUAAGAUCUCGGUCGAAACCGCCGCAGGCUACGAGUACGCAGAAGAGUGAAUUCGGCGAGACGGCACGAGCCCGUUCGGCCUCACCAGUGAGGUCUUCGAAACCGGAUGGCAUCGAUAAAUCAUUGCAGACUGGAACAGUGACAAGCCCGAUCCUCCAGUCGAGGGCAGUCUCCGCCAUCUGGUUGAGCACCGACGGAACUUCGGAAGACACGCGGUCGGAACUAAUCGACAAUGCCGCUACAGCUGCAGCGGGCAAAGAUGAGCUCGCUUUUAUUGGCUCAACUUCAGGAGAGGAGUACACCGAUGAUUACGAAGAGGAUGGAGAUUCUACGGCUAGUCGGACGCGGAAUAGACCGGAAAUGAUUUCCAGUUCCGGAACCCCGGGCAGAAGCGAUACGGAAACAGGAUCUGGAACCGGUUCGGUUACCGACUACGAAACCGAUGACGAAAACAACAAGUCUAUAAUCAUCAAAAAGGACUCGGAGAUCAUCGCCUUGAAGAACGAAAUCGGCGCUAAGGAAAUGGAGAUCGAUGAACUUAGGGAAAGAAACAAGUUGCUUGAAACCUCUUUAAAAGUGAAGGAAGAUGGCAUCCAGCUCCUGAAGGGAAACUUGAAGAUGUCGGAACAGCAGUUUGCGGGAGUUGGAGAGGACAUAAUGUACGAAUCUGAGAUGCUGAAGAAGAAGAUAGCCGUAUGCGAAUGCACAAUAUCGGAACUCAAAAGUGAUUUGAAAGAAAAGGCAUCGAUAUGUCGAGCUCAGGGCCAUGAAAUCGAAGAGCUGCGAUUUCGUCUGAAAGAAACCGAGCUGUUGCGAGUGGAACGGAACUCACUGCUGCGUAAAGUAAAUGAAAUGGGCGAUCUGUUAACGGACGCAGAGAAAUGCGGUCGAGCGUUGACGGAGAUGAAAUCGGCGCUGCGAGAGCGUGACGAACUGCGAAGUCAAAACCGAGAGCAGAGCUGUUUGCUGGCGGACCAAGAGGAAGAGAUACAGCGGUUGGUGCUGCUGGUCCGAAGUCUGUCGGCGAAGCACGAGGGCCUGCAGGUAAAGAUGAAGGGAACAAUCGAGAGCAUGCGGCUAGAGAUAGACGAGAAAAACUGCAAGAUAUGCGAAUGCGAGGCACAGCUUUCGUCCGUGGAGAAAGAGGUCGACUGCCUCAACGUCAAGCUGAAGAACAGCCUGAACAGCAUGGACGAGUUCAAGAUCGCCUAUCAGGAUGCCUGCAACUGCGCAGACCUGGACCGAGACAUUUACUCGCAGGCUAAGAGCGCCCUUUGCAAACUAAAUCAGACAAUGACGGAACUCAAGGAGUAUAAAUUGGAGAGGGAGAACCUGCUGCGACAGAUCGAGGAAAUGAAGUACAAUAAAAACCACAUUAACAAUAACCUCAACAGAUUCUGCUGUCAGAAUUUUAUCGCAGCGGAAAAUGAGAUACGCAGAAAAGGUGACGUCGGCGAUUUGGGGAUCCUGGAUUUGCGGAAACGAAAAUGUGCGUUGCGGGAAGAGCUUGAGGAGGUAGAAAAGGAGCUUCAAGAUCGACUGGGAAAUCGCGGCCGGGAAGCCGUUGGAUUGGACGAGGACCUGGACGUCGUGGCGUCAGCGAAACGGACGAUAAAUCGACUGAAUAACGCGAUGCUGGACCUGGACGCAUGGGAGUACGAAAAGGCCAGUAUGCAGGAGACGAUAGAACGGUUGAAAAUUCAGGUAUCGACGUUGAGCGGAAAAGAGGAAAACGGAGACGGUGAGAACGUCGAGAGACGCAUCGUCGACCAGGCCUCAAACUCGCUGGCGAAGCUAAGCCGACUGUUUGCGGAGCUCAAGCAGUACCAAAUGGAACGUGAAGUAAUGCAGAACAAAAUCAAGAACCUCACCGAAGCUUUGAAGGAUUCGCAAUCGGCAGAGGGGUGCAAGGGAAUAACAAUGCUUAAGGAACGGCUGCGCGAUCUGCGUAUUGAAAACGAGAAGGAGCGCUUGGCGCAUGCCGAGAACAUAAAAAGCUUGCAGGCGAGACUGGAAGAGGCCGAAAACACGUCGGGCUGUUCGGGUGUUAAAGCUCUGAGACAGAAACUGCGGGAGUCGCUGCAGGCUACCGGCACAGACGUAAAGGUCGAUCAAGCUCUGGCGAUUCACGUGAAGAAGUCGAUCGAGAGGCUCGAAAAUUUAUCGAAGGAGAUCAAAGAGGUCGACGAAGAGCGCGUCGAGAUUGUUAAAGAGAUUGCCAAGCAGCAGGAAGAGAUUCAGGUCAGGAACGUGGAGAUUAUGAGACUAAAGAAGCAGGUGGCUCAGGAAACUGCGAAGCGUCGAGGUGAAGGAGAUCGCGCUGAGGAAGGCCUGCAGGAGCUUGAGGGGACGCGGAACGAACUUGUAGAGAAAAUCAGAACCAUACAGGAGCUCGAGGACCAGCUUCAGUCCUGGCAGUUUCAGUUACUUGGAUCUAACAAGGAGCAAGCUUCACUGAAACAGCGAAUAAAAGCAAUGGAAGACGAGAAAAUCGAACUCCUUGCUCGUAACGAUGAGAUGGCGAAGAAGCUCGAGUCAGCAGACACCGAAAUGUCCUCCCUUAUAAGUAAAGUCACUUCAUCCGAAAGGAUUCACGCAAAUUUGAACGAACUCGAAGCUCAGGUCGAAGAAAUGAAGCCGAGAUUGCUGUCACUGCAAAGCAAAAACGAGAAACUGAUUGGAGAGGUAGCGACAUUGAAGGAGAGCAAAGGAGAGUGA